AACUGAAAGUGUUUUUUCCUAAAUUAACCUCAAUGAUACUUUGAAACUCUAAAUUUGAGUAAGGAUAUUAUGAAAGAAAAAUAAUCAACUCUCUUAACAUGCUAAAAUGGAUAAGUAAAAUGAAACGUCGUCUUUUCAUACGGGUAUAAAGUAAAAUAAAACGGAGUAAUGCUUGUCUCUCUCUCUAUAUAUGUAUGACAAACUUAGCUUUAAGAGAACUUUGUUGUAUAAAAACUAUGGCAAAAACAAAGCUAUGCUACAAUUUGUUUUUACUUCUUCUUGUUGCAGGGCAUGCAACAGUUGGUACAACAGUGAAGUUUCUUCCAGGAUUUCAAGGGCCCCUUCCUUUUGAACUUGAAACAGGGUAUGUUGGAGUUGGUGAUUCAGAAGAUGUGCAAUUAUUCUAUUAUUUUAUAAAGUCGGAGUCAAAUCCAGAAUCAGACCCUCUAAUGCUUUGGAUCACUGGAGGCCCUGGUUGCUCUGCUUUAUCUGGCCUUGUCUAUGAGAUUGGACCAAUAACUUUUGAGCCAGUGGAAUACAAUGGGAGUUUACCUACAAUGAUUCUGAAUCCUUAUUCAUGGACAAAGACGGCGAGCAUUAUUUUCUUAGACUUUCCAGUGGGCACUGGAUUUUCCUACGCGACAACUCCAUCAGCUCUUCAAUCAUCUGAUUUACAAGCAAGUGAGCAUGUAUAUCAGUUCCUUCACAAGUGGUUCGUCGAUCACCCAGAAUUCUUAAGGAAUCCAUUUUAUGUUGGGGGAGACUCGUACUCGGGGAUGGUUGUUCCAAUUAUUACUCAAAUUAUAGGAAUUAAGAAUGAAAUGGAAACCAAACCAUUUAUCAAUCUUAAGGGAUACUUACUCGGAAAUCCAUCGACUUUUAAAGGUGAAGACAAUUAUAAAAUUCUGUUUGCUUAUGGAAUGGGGCUUAUUUCUGAUGAACUCUAUGAGUCCUUGAAGACCAACUGUAAAGGAGAAUACCUUAAUAUAAAUCCAACCAAUAUACUGUGCUUGCAAGAUGUUCAGACUUUCAAAGAGCUUCUUAAAGGAAUAAAUAAUCCCCAUAUUUUGGAACCCAAAUGUGAGUUUUUUUCACCAAGGCCACACUUACUGUUUGGCCAAAGGAGAUCUCUUCAUGAACUUAGAAAUCCUCAACAACUUCCUGCACUGAAAUGUCGCACGGAUUGGUACAAACUUUCUUAUCAUUGGGCUGAUGAUGGUCAAGUUAGAGACGCCCUCAGCAUUCGGAAGGGGACUAUUGGAAAAUGGGACAGAUGUGCAACUUUGCAAUACCAAAAGACGGUCAUUAAUAGCAUACCAUAUCAUGAAAACCUCAGCAGCAAAGGUUACAGGUCUCUUAUAUACAGUGGAGAUCAUGACAUGGGUGUUACCUUCCAAUCAACUCAAGCAUGGAUAAAAUCUCUAAACUACUCCGUUCUUGAUGAUUGGCGUACUUGGACCGUUGACAAUCAAGUUGCCGGUUACACGAGAAGUUACUCAAAUCAAAUGACUUUUGCCACUGUGAAGGGAGCAGGGCAUACUGCACCAGAGUAUAAGCCUCGUGAAUGUCUGGCCAUGCUCAAAAGGUGGAUGUCUUACAAACCCUUGUAAUUGAAAAAUGUAUCAUAAGAUAUUUAUAUAAGAAACGAAAAUUAAUCACCACAUUUAUUAAUAUGAUAUAUCUUUGGUCCA